AUGGGAAAACAAUAUAUAACGACAGCCGCAAUUGGUCUGGCUCAUAAAUCUGACAUAUUUGAUGUUGCAGUUUGCGAUAGGUACACAAUAACCUGUUCUAGUGAUGGGUUUCUGAAGUUUUGGGACAACAAGAUAGAAGUGACUGAAGAGGCCUCAAAGGCGAUCUUCGUGGACAAACUCGGAUUGCACCACAUUUCUGCUAUAGAGAAGGUGAGGGAUGGUUCGAGUGUUGUUAUUAUAGCUACUGUGGCAUUCACCGGCAGAUGCUAUCUCUAUCAAUAUGAUAGCCAGACAGACGAGGUGACCAAGCUUGACUCCAACUUGCCAACGGAACUGUCUUCCCCAAAGAUUUCGUUCUGGGCGCCAAAUUUGCACAUUGACAUUGCAGACGAAACAAUUUACUUUGCAGCCACUACUGCUGUGGGAGCUACGUAUGUUUUCAAGAUAAACGUACCUGAAGAAGGCGAGCUGCAGCUGGUAUACACGGGGAAGACAGACACCAAUGACACGUCUUUCGCUACCGCCAUUGGAAUUGGCUCAGGUUCUGCAAUUGCAGUGGGUCAUCAGAAUGGAAAUGUGUAUCUCUACGAUCUGAAAAGUUUGAGGCUUAUCUACACCUUUCCGAGUUUGGGAGUGCGUCUAGACCAGGACGACACCGGCUCUUCUUUGUCGACGGUGAGAAAAGCUAUUUUCUCGCCAGAUUGCAAGCUAAUGGCAGUAGCUAGAGAUUCUGGUGCUUAUGGAAUUGUUGCUCUUUAUGAUGUCAAGUACGGUGAGACGAUCGGUACUCUUUCUGUGCCCACACAUUCCUCCAACGUCAGCGUUGGAGGCUACACCCACGAAGGAUGGUGUCUGGCUAUUGAUUUCAACGAGGGGGGUACAUUACUAGCAACUGCUGGUUACGACGACAAAGUGAGAAUAUGGAACGUUGAUACCAGGGAGAGAGAAUCCACAAUCACAAUCUCAAGAACGGACGUUGCGGAUGAAGCAGUGGAUCAGGAGGACCAAUCUGAUAAUCUGGUUACAUCCUCUCUCAAAUUCCUGAAAAAGGGAGUAAGAACUGGUGCAGGAACAGAUACUAAUGAAGGCCUGGUUGUGGUUGGGUUAGAUAGGGCUAUCAGAUGGUAUAGAGAGGCUGGUGGAAUUUGA